GACAGGAUUACAUUCCCACUGUGUUCUGUCCCAAACGCUCCUCGGACCGCCUCCAUCAGGACCUGACGGUGCAGUGCGAGCGGAUGGACCUGCCCUUCCUCUCCUACCUGCCCAACGAGCAGCAGCUCCUGAACGAGGCGUAUAAUCUGGUGGUGGACGCGGUUCUGGGUCCCGAAACGGACCUGGCGUCGCUGGGCGAGCCCGUGACCGCCGUUCUGCAGACUCUACGAGGACUCCGCGUCCCGAUCGCCAGCCUGGACAUCCCGUCAGGCUGGGAUGCGGAUGAUGCUCCUCCUGAUGGCAUCAGUCCUGCGCUCCUGGUUUCCCUGAUGAUCCCCAAGCGAUGCGCUCGCAGUUUCCCCGGAUCUCACUUCCUGGCGGGACGCUUCCUGCCGUACGACAUCCAGAGGAAGUACGAGCUGAACCUGCCCCGCUUCACGGGCACCGACCCGGUGGUGGAGCUGUGAGCACGUGUGUGUGUGUGUGUGGGACGAGCGACACAAACACAGUCAUGUGACUCUUCCACUUUAUUAAAGUAUAAAUGUUCGCUCCAUGUUCUUCCAGUGUUACAUUUAAAAUAAAUAAAACGCUUCUGUAUCCAAACUAUCAUGACCAUCUCAAACCGCCCACAUUUCUGACAUUAAACAUUUACUCUCUUAAAGGAGUAGGUCACUUUUAUAAACACUUUUGCUGAUAAUUUACUCACCCC